CCCAUGAUGCAGUUCGAGGUAGGCGUCGUCCCGCACACGUGCUGCUGCUGGAUAGCAAGGAUGAAGUGAAGUGUUAUUAAUUCCUGGAUACAUUUUGCGGCUGUAUUUUCUGCCUGCGUGUUUUUCCACCAUGGAGUCGGAGCAGGACGCCGCGCUGCUGGUUUUAAUCCAGCAACACUUGCAGGUCAGCGGCUACCGAGAGGCCGCCGAGCUGCUGGAGCCACACGUCACUCAGGUGGAGAUGCCCAUGGAGAACUUAAACCUUCAUGACAUCUACACUGGAUGGAUGAAGCUUUGCUCUCUGGCUCAGCGCGCCAACCAGACAGAACUCGGCUUGAAGGCGGGAAUCACGAAGCAAGACGAGGCUGCAGGCGUCAAACUCAUCGGAGGAGAGAAGAAAUCAGACGACAGAAAUCUGACUGAGUGUAAGAUGGAGGACGAUUCUGAACGCCGGGACGCCGCUGAUGAAACCCAGACUGGCAAGUCAGACGGCACCGCUAACGGUGAAGAGGAGGAGGAAGAAGAAGAGGAAGAGGAGGAAGAAGAAGAAGAUCAGGAGGAAGAGGAAACAGAGCCGGUUCCAGCUGAGGGGAAAAUCUGCGUCUCCGGUUCCGACGGAACAUCUGGACCCGCUCAGGGCGACCCCGAUCCGACCCAACGGCCUGGAACCAGAACCUCUGAGACUGAUGAAGAGGAGGAGCAAGGAGGUGAUGAAGAGGAGCAGCAAGGAGGUGAUGAAGAGGAGCAGCAGGAGCUUCAAGCUGCCAGAAUCUCCCCUGAAGUCAGAGAGGAAACUCCAGAACCGAUCGAUGCUGUUCAAGGAGCCGCAGUCCACUCCUAUGAGGAGACGGCCGCAGCUGAGGAGGAGGAGGAGGAAGAAGAAAAAGAAGAGGAGGAGGAGGAAGAAGAAAAAGAAGAGGAGGAGGAGGAAGAAGAAGAAAAAGAAGAGGAGGAGGAGGAAGAAGUGGAGGAAGAGGAGGAGGAAGUAGAAGAGGAAGAGGAGGAAGAGGAGGAGCACGCAGCUGCAGAGAGACCCGUUCAGGCCGAGUUCGUCUCCGUUGACGACGCCCCCAGAGAGGCUCCGCCCCCUCCAGAUGCAGAUUUGAAAAAUCCACCAGAGAUGAAAAUUGAGCGGACCGAAGACGAAGAGUCUCGGUCAGAGACGAAACCAGAAGACGAGCUGAAGGCGGCUACAGAGGACCAAAACGGUGCUGAUCCACCAGCUAAAGAAGAAGAAGCUGCAGAAAAUGAAGACAACUGCAUCAUUAUCAAAGUCCAGAAGGGCGGCGACAAAUCAGCCAAUCAGGAACCAGUAGUAAUCUGUGGCGACUCCAUCACUCCCAAGAAAAAGAAGAAGAAGAAGUCCAAAAAAAGUUCUGAUGAGACAUUUGAGGUGGAGAUCGCAGAAACACCGACGACUGACGGAGACGCUCUGACCAGCCGGACAAAAAAGAAGAAAAAGAAGAGCAGAAAGAAUAGAGAAGAGGAGGAUAAAACGGAGGCAGAGGAAGAGUCUGAAGUUGUUUCACCAAAGAAGAAAGAAAAGAAAAGGAAAAGAGAGAGAAAAGAGAUGGAGGAAAAACAAGAGGAGGCUGCGUUUCCUUUAGAAAACACCAGAAAGAAGAAGAAAAAACUGAUAGAUGAGGCUGAGAUGAAAGGAAUGGAUGAAAAGAAUCUGUCAGAAACGAAACAGAAGAGAAAAAGGGAGGAACUGCAGUGUAAAGACGCACCAACAGAGGGCAAUAAAGAGGAGACGAACGCCACAGCUGACUCGUCUCUGCUCUCAUCUGGAAAGAAGAAGAGGAGAUUUCAGAGGAGUAAGCUGAGCAAGAGGAGGAGGUUACAGCUUCGCAAGAAAAUGAUGAGGAUGACGAGGAACCCCCCAAGGACCAAUCAGAUCGUCGCAGUAAGAAAAAGACAAAAACAAACUGUGAAGUCACCAAAGACGCAAAUAAACGCAGAACAGGAAGAAAAUUCAUCGAAGGAAAACCAGCUUCUGAGGAAGAAGAAGAAGAAAUCAGUCAAGAACAUCCUGGAGGCUCCUGAAGACCAAUCCACAAUCUCUAAAAAACCCAAGAAGAAGAAAGUAAAGACAGGAGAAAUAUCACCUCCUGCUGCUGUGACCCAACUUCCACCUGCAAAGAAGAAGAAGAAGGACAUGUUGAAGAUGAAACCAAAAGCUGCUCUGGAGAAAAAGAAAAAAUCCCACAAAAGCAGAAAAACUGAAUAAUCUUGGAUUUUCUCCUCACACACCAACAGAUGCAUCUUUGGACCUGAAAACUCAAGCUGUGCCUUUUUUCAUCCUCGAUUUCUGGAGUUAUUCUCAGACAAACUGGUGAUGGGUUUAAUAUCGCUGGUGGGGCUUCAAAGAGCUAAAACUAACCAAAAACGUUGGUGUAUUUCAGCAAUAAAACUACAGUGUAGCAGUCAACGAGUCUUAGAAACGAUUACAAGAAAGCUUUAAAUUAUGGUGAGUAGCUUCGGAUAUUUUUCACUUACUUUUAACAAGUUAAGAGAUAAUUUACCUUCAUCUUUUUUAAGAAGAUGAUGCUAAUGUUGAAAAGGUAACUGGAUCGUAUUUGGAUGAUAAAACAUGGCAGUAAAAGGUCAAACGUGAAGCAGGUUUUAUUUUAUUGUAUUAAUGUUAAAAUAAUCUUUAAGGGAUCAAACUGUGAAACGGUUUAAGUUUUGAUGUGUGUUGUUCAUGGUGUUUAGUCUAAACUGUGAAUUUCUGUUUCAUCUUCCUGUUACUGGGGACUUUUUUCCUUUGUUACAUAGAGUUUAUAGUUAAUACACAUCAGUAAUCCACUGCACUUCAGUUUUGCUGAGAUAAAACCUGUGAACAAUAGUUGCCACAAUAAAUAGAUAUAUUUAUGUAAUAUUGACACAGUUCAGGUUCUGGAUGCUCAUAAUGUUUCUGUAAAAUGUUUUUAAAUUAGCAAAGUAUAAAGACUUUCCCUAAAGAUAGUGGGAUGUGUUUACAUUUCCCAAAAGCUUUAAUUUCUGAAGUAAAACGAUGUUGACAAUUUGAACAUUCAGAUUAAUGCCAGAGGAUGUUUACACUUUACAAAUCGUUCAUAUGACCAGUGACUGUUACAUGGACGUCCGACACUCCUGUAAUCAUUUCUUCUGUUGUUUCACUUAUUAAAGUGGUUUUUCUUUAAA